GCGCCGACAAUGGUCUUUUCCAGCUCCAGCUUAUCACAGCAGAAUUUGUAACAUGCCAUAAUUUCUUCACCCCGGUGUGCGUGUGCGUGCGUGCGUGUGUGUAUAUGUGUGUGUAUCCCGGGGAAUCAGAUGUCAUUACGCGUCGCGGCUAAUAUUUUCACCCCCCUUCCUCCUCCUCCUCUUCCUCCUGCUCCUUUUUGCGCGUUUUAUUUGCCAUUAUUUGUGUUGACCAUGCCAGCGGCGGAGACCAGCCGCACCUUCCCGAUCGGAUCCACGGCGUCGCUGGAUGUUCGCGCUGAACAAGCCUCCUAGGAUUGUCCCGCUUGAUGGUAUAAGCCGAGAGGACUGCGGUUGUCAUUGAUCCUCCACUGAUAGUAAAGGGAGAAAAUUCGGAGUCAAGAUGAUGUGCGAGGUGAUGCCCACCAUCAGCGAGGACACGGCGCUGAGCCAGCGCGGCUCUCAGAGCAGCGCCUCGGACCCGGACUCCCACUUUGAGCAGCUGAUGGUCAACAUGCUGGACGAGAGGGACCGGCUGCUGGAUACGCUGAGGGAAACCCAGGAGAGCCUCGGACUGGCCCAGCAGCACCUUCAGGACGUCAUCUACGACAGAGACUCGCUGCAGCGUCAGCUCAGCUCCGCCCUGCCACAGGAGUUUGCUGCACUGACCAAGGAGCUGAACGCCUGCAGGGAGCAGCUGCUGGAGAAGGAGGAGGAGAUUUCUGAGCUGAAAGCAGAGAGGAACAACACCAGGUUGCUGCUGGAACAUCUGGAGUGCCUGGUGUCCCGACACGAGCGGUCGCUUCGUAUGACGGUGGUCAAGCGGCAGGCUCAGUCUCCCUCAGGAGUCUCCAGCGAGGUCGAGGUCCUCAAAGCGCUCAAAUCCCUGUUUGAACACCAUAAAGCCCUCGAUGAGAAGGUAAGAGAGAGGCUCCGAGUGUCGCUGGAGAGGGUGUCCGCCUUGGAGGAGGAGCUCACAGCAGCCAAUCAGGAGAUUGUGGCCUUACGGGAGCAAAAUGCUCACAUCCAGAGGAAAGUGGCAUCUGGAGAGGGAGGAGAGGACAUUCUGGAGGGCAGUGAAGCUCAGCAGAAGGUCCACGGCAAGCGUCUGUCCAACGGCUCUCUGGAGUCAGCCCACGAGGCGAGCCAGGUGGUGGAGCUUCAGGACCUGCUGGAGAAGCAGAACUACGAGCUGGCCCAGAUGAAGGAGCGCAUGUCCUCGCUUUCCUCCCGGGUGUCCGAGGUGGAACAGGAGCUGGAGACCGCCCGCAAGGACCUCAUCAAGUCAGAGGAGAUGAACAACAAGUACCAGAGGGACAUCAAAGAGGCCAUGUGUCAGAAGGAGGACAUGGAGGAGCGUAUCGUCACGCUGGAGAAACGCUACCUGAGCGCCCAGCGAGAGUCCACCUCCGUGCACGACAUCAACGACAAACUGGAGAACGAGUUGGCCAACAAGGAGGCAUUCCUCAGACAGAUGGAGGAGAAGAACCGGCAGCUACAGGAGAGGUUGGAGCUUGCAGAGCAGAAGCUCCAGCAGACCAUGAGGAAGGCCGAGACGCUGCCAGAGGUGGAGGCCGAACUGGCCCAGAGGAUAGCAGCCCUCACCAAGGCGGAAGAGCGUCACGGGAGCAUUGAGGAGCGAAUGAGGCACUUGGAAUGCCAGCUGGAGGAGAAGAACCAGGAGCUGCUGAGGGCUCGACAGAGAGAAAAGAUGAACGAAGAGCACAACAAGCGACUCUCAGACACAGUGGACAGACUCCUGACAGAGUCCAACGAACGUCUGCAGCUCCACCUAAAAGAGAGAAUGGCAGCACUAGAAGAAAAGAAUUUGUUAAUUCAAGACUCCGAGGGUUACAGAAAACAGUACGAGGAGUCGAUCCAAGAAAAAUCGCAGCUGGCAGACGAGAUUGAGAAACUGAGAUCAGAGCUCGACCAGUUCAGACUGAGGGCAGGAUCCCUCACAGAGCCCACCCUGUCACGGUCUCAUCUGGACACGUCGGCCGAGCUUCGAUUCUCUUUGGGAUCUCUGGCUGAAACCCAGUCAGACCACUACCGCUCAGCCAAGGUCAUCCGCCGGCCGAGGAGAGGUCGAAUGGGCCUGCGUGAACCCAAGGCAAAAUCACUGGGCGAGCAUGAAUGGCGCUCCCAACAGCUGGGGGUCCUGGGGGGCCACCACUUCGAGAGCGACACCGAGAUGUCGGACAUCGAUGACGACGACAGGGAAACUCUGUUCAGCUCCAUGGACCUGCUCUCCCCCAGCGGCCACUCCGAUGCACAAACUCUGGCCAUGAUGCUGCAAGAGCAGCUGGACGCCAUCAACAAGGAGAUUCGGCUGAUCCAGGAAGAGAAGGAGUCCACGGAGCUGCGGGCGGAGGAGAUCGAGAACCGGGUGGCCAGCGUCAGCCUGGAGGGCCUCAACCUGGCUCGAAUGCACCACCACGGAGCCUCCAUCACUGCCUCAGCCACCGCCUCCUCCCUGGCCUCCUCCUCCCCUCCCAGCGGACACUCCACCCCCAAGCUGGACCCUCGGAGCCCCGCCCGCGACAUGGAGCGCAUGGGGGUCAUGACACUGCCCAGUGAUUUGAGGAAACACAGGAGAAAGAUAGCGGCGGUUGAAGAGGAUGGCCGUGAGGACAAGGCCACCAUUAAGUGUGAGACAUCCCCACCUCCAACGCCACGCACUGUCCGAAUGACACACACACUGCCAGCCUCCUCGCACAACGACGCACGAGGGAUUGUGGCCUCUCUGGAGGCUGAGGCCAGCGCCCUAAGUAGUGUAGCCAGCAGCCAAGACUCCCUCCACAAACAGCCAAAGAAGAAAGGCAUCAAGUCGUCCAUCGGGCGACUGUUUGGCAAGAAGGAGAAAGGCCGACUGGCACAUCUAGCACACAGACAGGUCAUGGUAGACCCACAUGCGACUAUGAUGGACUCAGACAUGGCGGGCCAGGACAUGGGGGUGGGCAAGUUGGGAACUCAGGCUGAGAAGGACCGCAGAUUGAAAAAGAAACACGAGCUAUUGGAGGAGGCCAGGAGAAAGGGUUUACCCUUCGCCCAGUGGGACGGACCCACAGUUGUAGCCUGGCUAGAGUUGUGGUUGGGGAUGCCCGCCUGGUACGUGGCGGCUUGCCGAGCCAACGUGAAGAGCGGUGCAAUCAUGUCGGCCCUGUCCGACACCGAGAUCCAGAGGGAGAUUGGGAUCAGUAACCCUUUGCACCGGCUCAAACUUCGCUUGGCCAUCCAGGAAAUGGUCUCCCUCACCAGCCCCUCGGCCCCGCCCACCUCCAGAACCCCAUCAGGCAAUGUAUGGGUGACCCAUGAGGAGAUGGAGACCCUGGCAGCCCCUUCCAAAACGAAGUCAGAGUCUGAAGAGGGAAGCUGGGCACAGACGCUUGCUUAUGGCGACAUGAACCAUGAGUGGAUAGGGAACGAGUGGCUGCCCAGUCUAGGACUACCUCAGUACCGCAGCUACUUCAUGGAGUGCCUAGUGGACGCCCGCAUGCUGGACCACCUCACCAAGAAGGACCUGAGGGUGCACCUUAAAAUGGUGGACAGCUUCCACAGAACAAGUUUACAGUACGGCAUCAUGUGUCUGAAGAAGCUCAACUAUGACCGAAAAGAACUGGAGAGACGCAGGGAGCAGAGCCAGCAUGAAAUGAGAGACGUACUGGUGUGGAGUAAUGAGCGGGUCAUCCGCUGGGUGCAGAGUAUAGGCCUGAGGGACUACGCCAACAUCCUACUGGAGAGCGGUGUGCACGGCGCUCUGGUCGCCCUCGACGACAACUUUGACUACAGCAGUCUGGCGCUGCUCCUCCAGAUCCCCAACCAAAACACUCAGGCACGUCAGAUUCUGGAGCGAGAGUACAAUAAUCUGCUGGCGCUGGGCACUGACAGGAGACUGGAUGAGUGCGACGACAAAGACUUCCGAGGUCCGUCGUGGCGGAGGCAGUUCCCUCCCCGGGACGUCCACGGUAUCAGUAUGAUGCCUGGAUCAGCAGAAACGCUCCCCGCAGGAUUCCGCCUCACUGCGACGUCCGGUCACUCCCGAAGACUGCCCCCUGAGGUCCUCUAUGAGGCGCUGGACGACAGUCCUGACGACAUGUAUUUGGAUUGGUUUCAAGGUCAGAUAUGCCCCUCUGAAGGCUCCGGGCUUGUUGGCCCUGCGUGUAUUAUUAUGACUACUCUACAUCUACUCCUCCCUCUUCACAUGAUCUCUGCCAACCACUGUCCUGCUGUAUCUCUCCUUUUUUUCAUGUGGUCGCUCACCCUCGCCUUUCUUCUCUCUUUCUAACUCCACUACUCUUAAAUCUCUAACUCCAAGGGUGUUGUUUUGCAGAGCUUGCAAAAUAGUUGUCUUGUCACCCUGGUAGUAACAAACUAGGGCUUUCAAGUUAUGGAUUAGGACCCAUGCUUGCUGGUGGAACCCUUGAAGUUACAGUAACGAAGCAGCAAAAACAAAAAAAAAAGGUGGCUGAGCGGUGCUAUGUAAGUUGGCCUGAAUCAGGAGGUUUACAUAGGUGAACAGUACGUCUUGGAUGUUUCAGGAACUAAAACUGACAGUUUGUGUCAUUCCUCAUCCCUCUGCUGUUAAAAGAGGACACUGGCAGGUUUCUAUUAAAGGACAAUGCUGGUUUACUCAAGCUUGGGCCCUCUUAGGUUUCAUUUGUUGGUUAUGGUAACAGAAACGUACGAAACACCAAAGAAAUUGCUGAGAUUUGGGGAAAACAACACAAGUAAUAGGGGUUAUCCACUAUGGGGAGUUGUUUUGAGCUGUUUUUCCACUGCACCACACAGAAAGGUUAAGUAGUUUAUCUGAACCACUGCUGAAAAUCUGCUAAUGUGGUGACAAACACAUUGGGAUGAUACCUGAAAGUGCAAACACAACUGAAAUGUCAGACCACAGAGAUUCAGGUAGAAGCUAGAAAAGCACUGAGAGCGAGUCUCUGUAGCGUCCAGCACAGUUUAGACAAUGAGGACAAAGGCGAGAACCAGCUAUUCUCUGCUGUGUGGCUGCAGUGGAAACACAGCUAAUAAUGUGUCCAACCAGGGGUUUAAGAAAAAACUCAUUAGAAAGUUUGUCAGGACAAGAGCAGUCAGAAGAUGAGACGGGUAGUAAACAACAGUUUAGCCGGACCUAAAGUGUGGAGACUCAGGUUGUCCUUGAUUGCAAGUGAAAACUGUAUGAUGAUAAGUGUAGUGAGCCAAAAAUGUACUGUGAUUAUUGUUUGGCUUUAUUCCCACUAAGUUUGGCUAAACAGGAUAUUUGUUUAAAACUUGUGUGACCAUUUGACUGCUCUUGCAUAUUUCCCCGUAUAGUUCUUUCUUACUUCUGUCACUGUAUUCCCAGAUCUCAGCAAUUAUUUCUUUAAAGUUCGACUAUAUAACUGUCAAUAAUAGGAGCAGUGACUCCAGUAGAUUAUAGUUUUAUAAACAGCAGCUAAUUCUGAAUUUCUACAUAUGUUUGCUCUAUCCAAGCACCUGUUUCUUAAAAUUCCUUGCUAACUUCAGACUUACCUUAACAUGCUAUCUCAAUGAUUCUCACUUAGUUUCUUCCUUUUUCCCACUCAAUGUGCCGUAGCUGUACUGAUUUGUUUGCCUCCUUUGGCAAUAAUGAGAUUUGUGAGAAAUGCAGUCUUUUAGCAACACUUGAGGCGAGGCUGCAAGGCUCACUGAAAUUAAAGCAAGACUCCAACCAGGGGUGUCACUAGGUUUUAAGGACAGGGGGGGCUUAGCCCCCAGCAGAUGCACAGGAUGUGAGUGAAC